UGGUUAACGUGAACCAAGCAAAAGAAAAGAAAGUUCCUCUUGUUUUCAUAUAUAUAUAUAUAUAUGUAUAUUCUCCACCACCUAAAAUAUAAUCUUUCCUUCUAUAUCUUUCUCUCUUAGAUAUCUUGCCUUGCCUCUUGUUAGUACUUCUUGCCCUGUUAUCCACACCUUUUCACUUAAGAGACACAACAAGCUUACAUUCUCUGUCUGGUCCCUUGUUCUGGGCCAAACUACUGAGGAUCCCUUUUCUAGUUGCCUAAUAUUACCUUGCAAUCAUCUUCUUUGGGAGACAAUUCUAACAUGGGGGGUGAAACUUGAUUGAUUCUGACAAUCUCUUGAUGAGCAAAUGGACCCAAGGUGUUCUUUUAAGAUUUACAUAGCUUUCUGAAAGGACCUAUCGUCCCUAUUAUAUGUUUUGAACCCAACGUGUUCUAAGGAUCUCUAGUAUCCGUUGGCUGAUUCUUAUUUUUGAUUUAUCAUGUGUUAUAUCAUUAGCAUGCGCGUAUUAAUCUCUUAAUUUUGAUUAAUUCAUAAAAUUUUACAUCUUGAUGUUCUAUAUUGAGAGAUUAAUUGCAGGUGCUUUCCUUAUUUCAUUGAAAAAUAAUGCUAGGAGAAAAUACAGUUAAUCCUGAAGGAGAAUUCAAGAUCAGUUUUGGUUAUGAAUGCAAUGCCCAUAACAGUUGCUCUUGCAUGGUUCCUAGUGGAUUAGAAAGUCUUCCUGGAAAAAUCCCUAAGAAUAGCAGCUUCUCUCGCUUGUCUGGUGCUGCCUUAAGUGCGAAUGCCACAUUGGCCAACACAAAUAUCUGCAAUGGUGUAAUAGGGGCAGAAAUACUUCCCAGUUGGGAUUCCCCUAAUUCGUUUCGUAGGAUUCCUUCAUCACCAUCUCUUUCAAGGUUGGAUGUAUUAUCAUCUUCUCUUCAAAGCAGUAUGUCAAGCCUAAGUUGUAGUCCACCCACCCCAAGUCCACCUGAAUAUGAUUCUUGUUCAUUUAGAUCCAUGAGUGCUCCUUCUAGAAAUGAAGGUUUUCUUAAUGCAAUGGAAGUUCAAGUGGCAGGUGGAGCUGCUGGUGAAGACAGGGUUCAAGCUGUCUGUUCUGAAGAAAAUGGCUGGCUCUUUUGUGCAAUCUAUGAUGGCUUCAAUGGAAGAGAUGCAGCUGAUUUUCUGGCUGGGACAUUAUAUGAGAACAUCAUACAUCAGACUAGAUUAUUAGAUUGUGACUUGAAGCAGGAUGUUACCGGAACUUCGAACUAUCCACACGGUCCCUUUCAACAUGCUUUCAAGGGAGCUAAUAAUGGUCAUGUAGAGAAACCACCGACAGGAACUUUUGAUAAGAACAAUUCAAGCAUAAAAAAGUCCAUUAAUAAUGCUCUAGUUCAUGAUUCAUCUGAUUCAUUUAGACAGGGGAUGCUAGAUAGCCUUCAGCGUGCCCUUAGUCAGGCUGAGAAUGAUUUCUUGUACAUGGUAGAGCAGGAAAUGGAGGAUCGCCCUGAUUUAGUAUCUGUUGGUUCAUGUGUCUUGGUCGGCCUUCUUCACGGGAUGGAUUUGUAUACACUUAAUCUGGGUGAUAGCAGAGCUGUAUUGGCAACAUACGAUGAGGGCAGCAAUAUGAAGGGCUUUGGGCGAAUAAAACCUAUCCAGCUCACUGAUUCUCACACUGUAGAUAAUGAACUUGAAAGAACUAGAGUGUUGUCUGAUCAUCCCGAUGACCCAGCAGUGAUUGCAGGUGGAAAAGUUAAGGGAAAACUGAAGGUCACUCGAGCCUUGGGAGUUGGAUACUUAAAAAAGAAAAACCUAAACGAUGCACUGAUGGGUAUUCUUCGAGUUCGUAACCUCAUAAGCCCUCCAUACAUUUCUACUGAACCAUCGCUGAAUGUGCAUAGGAUAUCAAAAUCAGAUCACUUUGUUAUCGUUGGCAGCGAUGGUUUGUUUGAUUUCUUCAGUAAUGAUGAGGCAGUAAAGCUUGUGCAUUCUUACAUCAUGAGCAACCCCAAUGGUGAUCCAGCAAAGUUUCUACUAGAGCAGCUUGUAGGGAGAGCUGCUGAUUGUGCAGGUUUCAGCAUGGAAGAAUUGAGGAAUAUUCCAGCAGGUAGGAGGAGAAAAUACCAUGAUGAUGUAACUGUAAUUGUGAUUAUUCUUGGAAUAAACCAGCGCACCUCCAAGGCAUCAACUUGGGUGUAAGUUUUAUGGGACUGUUCUCUGUCUUGCAAUAGAAUAUUUGGUUCUCUCUAUUGUGUAGUUAUAGGUUUCAAAUUGCACAUAUAUGAUGCCAGACCAUGUUGAUCUGUGGAAAAUUUGAUCAUCCUCCAAUUUUAUGAUCUCAGAAUUAGCACGAGUGUUUUUUUUUUAUUCUUUGAACUGUGCAUGAGUGUCUAAAAUAGGACUUUUUAUAUUUUCUUUUGGUCAAAA